CGCCGGGGGCGGAGGCUGCCAGCCCAUUAUAAAAAGCAACCGAGGAGGCCAGCGGUGAGUGACUGACUACUCGGAGCUGCGACACGGCCCAGCCUCCUGGCCCGCAGAAUUCCUGCACUCCAGCCAUGGCUUCCUCGCCUCUCGCGUGGCUGCUGCUUCUGGCCGCGUUCUUCCAUCUGUGUACCCUGCUGGCGGGUCAACACCUCGGCAUGACGAAAUGCAACAUCACGUGCAACAAGAUGACCUCACAAAUCCCGGUGGCUUUACUCAUCCACUAUCAGCCGAACCAGGAGUCCUGCGGCAAGCGUGCUAUUGUCCUGGAGACAAGACAGCACAGAUACUUCUGUGCUGACCCAAAGGAGAAAUGGGUCCAAGACGCCAUGAAGCAUCUGGACCACCAGACCGCUGCCCUGACUAAAAAUGGCGGCAAGUUUGAGAAGCGGGUGGACAAUGUGACACCUGGGAUCACCUCGGCCACCAGGGGACUGUCCCCAUCUGCCCUGGCAAAGCCUGAAUCAUCCACCGUGGAAGACCUUGCUUUGGAGCCGACUACUAUUUCCCAGGAGGCCCGGAGGCCCAUGGGGACUUCCCAAGAGCCGCCAGCGGCAGUGACUGGAUCAUCUCCCUCAACUUCCGAGGCUCAGGAUGCGGGGCUUACUGCCAAGCCUCAGAGCACUGCAAGUUUUGAGGUGGCUGCCAUCUCUACCACCAUUUGGCAGAGUUCUGCUGUCUACCAAUCUGGAUCUAACGUCUGGACUGAAGAAAAAGCUACCGAGUCCCCCCCUACCGCAGCCCUAUCCCCUCAGGUAUCCACCACUUCACAUUCAACCCCAGAGGAGAAUGUUGGGUCUGAAAGCCAGCUCCCAUGGGUCCAGGAACAGGACCCAAGUCCAGAGAAGUCUCUAGGGUCUGAGGAGAUAAACCCAGUGCAUACUGAUAUUUUCCAGGACAGGGGGCCUGACAACACAGUCCACCCCUCAGUGGCUCCCAUCUCCUCUGAAGAGACCCCCAGCCCAGAGCUGGUGGCCUCGGGCAGCCAGGCUCCGAAGGUAGAGGAACCCAUUCAUGCCACUGCAGAUCCCCAGAAACUGAGUGUGCUUAUCACCCCUGUCCCCGACUCCCAGGCAGCCACCCGGAGGCAGGCAGUAGGGCUACUGGCCUUUCUUGGUCUACUCUUUUGUCUGGGGGUAGCCAUGUUUGCUUACCAGAGCCUCCAGGGCUGUCCUCGCAAAAUGGCGGGGGAGAUGGUAGAAGGCCUCCGCUACGUCCCUCGUAGCUGUGGCAGCAACUCAUAUGUCCUGGUGCCAGUGUGAGCUGCCUGCUUGCCUGCCUGUGUCCAGAGUGUGAUUCAGACAGCUGUCUGGGGACCCCCAUCCUCAUACCCACCUUCAUCCACGCUGGGAAAAUGGGAAUGGAGACGCUGGAUCCUCCAGGGGCCAUGGGCUCCAAACCCCUCCCCUGAAGGUGUGGCCCUGGAGGCCACCCUAGACCAUUAUUCACUUAUCAGAGACAGAACAGGUGACCUUCCAGCUCUCCUGUAUUUGAAAGAAUCCUCUGCUGCUGGCUGGUUAGAGGGGCCCUUGACAUCCCAACUCGAGUGAACAACUAUUUAUUGGAUUCCCAGCCCCCGCGACACCUGUUUCCUGUGCGCACCGUGGUCCACCCAUCUCACAAGCAGCAGGCCAGGCCUAUCUGCCUGUUCCCCUGACCUCCUUGUGUCUCCUGGCUUUGCUGUGUCUCCAGCCCUCCUCCCCGGCCAGCUGCGGUGCUAUCUGCCCUGUGUCUCCCUAUCCCCUGUACAGAGCGCACCACCAUCACCAACCAUCAACACCGCGUUGUGUCUUUUCUUGCAUGAGGUUAAUGCUGUGUUUUCUGGAGCUCUCUGGGAAGGGAGAUGAGCUUGUGUGAGGGUUUAAAGUGGUCCUCCCCAGACUUUGAUGUGCUGUGAAGGCAUGCUGCGUCUGAAGGAAGGGUCUGGUCCCCACUCGGCUACUGGCACAACAAAGUGCCCCACCUGUAAAAGAAAAGAAACGUGGCCCAGAGCUGGCAAUAACCUAUGGCCCUGACAUCAUCACUUUCUCUGAGGCUGUUCCCAUUCCUGGAUACAACCCCAGCCCUUAUCAACACUAACAGUCACUGCCAUUCCACUGGACUGACGCUUUUGUACCCUGUGACUCUGAGGGCUGGCAAGGGCUGGCUUGAGAGAACAGAUCCUACCCUGUAGGCCCCCAAAUGGAGGCUGAGUUGGAGACUUGCAGGAACAGAGGCCAACUCAGAAGGCUCCCCUGUGCUCUCACUCGGCACCCCUCCCCCAUGCACCAAGGUGACAGUCACAAGGUCUGCAAGGCCUGAAGAGCAAGCCACAUUAGAAAGAUUAGGACACGCCCCUGGGAGGCAGAGGAUCCAGGGUCAACCCCUGGAGUGGCCACAGACCCAGUUUCAGUUUAGGAACCUGUGCGUGUGUGUGUACUCGCACGGUCCAGAAUCAUUAGAGUCUGCCAGGGUCUUUUCCUACUUCUGAGAGCGCUGUUCAUGCCACGGUCUCACCUUUGCCCCACCGCAGGCAGGGCCAGAACUCCCAUAACAUUCUCCGAGCGCCCUGUGAAGUUUCCUGGAAGGGACUCUGCCCUGGGCACAAAGUGACUGCUGAACCAAGGAGCAGCGGGAGCUGAACCGGCAGGCCACGCCCCUGGGGGGGGGCAGCUCUCCCCACCCUGCUCUGAAUAGCUCCAAUCUGUCACCUUAGUCACCUUCGGAGCUUCACCCAGAAGCCAGGGACUCACUCCUGGAAGCUCAGAACAGUUGGCUCUGUCCCAGAGUGAGGAAGCCACUUCUUGGCGACCCUCCUCCUGGGAAGCUUGUGGGAGGCUCUGGCCUGGCUCCAGAGUACUAGUUGAGGGCCUGAGGAGCAGCAGCCCGAGCACACUCUAUCCUGGCUCCUUGGGUGGGGAACCUUCAAGGGUUCCUCCCUCCCCCAGCAGAAUGUGGGCCAAAACAAUCUGAGGAGGACUUUGGAAGGAGUUGGUUGAUCCUUUAGGUUGGUUUUUUUUUUUUUUCCCAAGCAUCAUUACCAAUGUCUGUGCCAUUUUGUAUUUUACUAAUAAAAUUUUAAAGU